UAUUCAACAAUGGCGGAUAGUCCUAGUCUCCUAAUCUGCCAAUGUCUCUGACCCACCUCCUUAAUAGAAGUGCCAGGCUCUCACUUGCUCCGAGACUACAUCUUCCUUCUCCUUCAUAUACUUCUCUUCGCAGGUGUCUCUACCUAACCCACUUCUCCUACAACACCAAUUCAUUUUCUCAUCUUUCUGUGAGAGUUUCUCACUCUUCUUACGCUUCCAAAAUCGCCAUGGGAGACAACCCAGAUGCUGGAAUGGACGCUGUCCAGAGACGCCUUAUGUUCGAAGACGAAUGCAUUCUAGUGGAUGAGAACGACCAGGUUGUUGGUCAUGAAACCAAAUACAAUUGUCACUUGUGGGAGAAGAUUGAAUCUGGAGGAAUGCUGCAUCGAGCUUUUAGCGUGUUUUUGUUCAACUCAAAGUAUGAGCUGCUCCUUCAGCAACGGUCUGCAACAAAAGUUACAUUUCCUCUUGUGUGGACAAAUACCUGUUGCAGCCAUCCGCUAUACCGUGAAUCUGAGCUCAUCUAUGAGGAUGCUCUUGGGGUAAGAAAUGCAGCACAAAGGAAGCUUUUGGAUGAACUGGGUAUUCCUGCUGAAGAUGUGCCAGUUGAUCAGUUUACCCCACUGGGUAGGAUUCUGUACAAGGCACCUUCUGAUGGCAAGUGGGGAGAGCAUGAACUUGAUUACUUGCUCUUCAUUGUCCGAGAUGUUAAUGUCCAUCCGAACCCUGAUGAAGUAGCCGAUAUUAAGUACGUAAACCGUGAACAGUUGAAGGAGCUGUUGAGAAAGGCAGAUGCUGGGGAGGAAGGCCUGAAGCUAUCGCCAUGGUUCAGACUAGUUGUGGACAAUUUCUUAUUCAAGUGGUGGGACCAUGUGGAGAAAGGGACGUUCAAGGAAGCUGCUGACAUGAAAACCAUUCACAGGUUGACUUGAAAAAUUCAAGUCUCAGUAAUCCAUUUGUGCUGCAGUUUCUCACUAGUCUCAGUGGUGGGCUUGCUUCCAAUAAACUUGCUACCAAAUAAGUUGACAUUAUGUAACUUUUGUUUGUUGCCAAAAACUUUAUGGGUUGGUUAUUGUUAAACUUUAGAGUAAUAUCCUAAAAAAGAUUGGCACGUGUAAUAGAGGAUUUGCUUUUUGCUAUUGGAAAAACUCCAUUAGAAACUUCUUAUC